CCAGAAUACCAAUGUAACAUCAGUUACGAUAAAGAGAUGGCUUCAGCCGCUUGGCUUAUUUUACUUCUUGUUGGAGUCGUUGUUGCAAUCAGAGUGGACAGAUCGGAGUACAGAGACUUAUCAUGGAACACGUCGCUAAUAGACGCACACGUGGAUGGCAAUAGGAUGAAAAGGCAAAGCAGUAAUGACGACGCGCAGAUGAAAUGUUCGACCCCGGAUGGGCGGCAAGGGACCUGCAGACAUCUACGCUACUGUUCGCAACAAGUAUACAACAACGAUUUCGUCAAGUUCGUCAACUACCUCUGCGUGCUUAGCGACAAGUCAAUCGGUGCUUGCUGCCCGAUCCAAGAGAAUUCCUUCGCGCCAGAAGCACUGGCAGGGGAGUUGCCAGCCACUGCACCGCAAGAAGAGAACAACGAAGCUCUGAUUAGGAUCGAACGCGCUGAAAAUAGAGGAUGCGGAGUAAGCACCCGCGCAACGGGGAGACUGGUUGGCGCGCGGCCGGCGAAUAUACGGGACUGGCCAUGGAUGGCUUCUGUUACUCCAGAAGGCUUCUCGCAGUACUGCGGAGGAGUGCUUAUCACUGAUCGGCAUGUGCUUACUGCUGCGCAUUGCACUAGAAGGUGGAAAGCGGAUGAGCUAUUCGUCACUCUUGGGGAUUAUGACUUGGUGCGGUCUAACGACUCUCGUAGCUACAGCUUCAAAGUGAUCGAAAAGAGACAACACGAGUAUUACGAAGUUCCCAACUAUCACCAUGAUAUCGCCAUCUUGAAACUGCACCGUCCAGCCGUAUUCAACACUUAUGUCUGGCCGAUCUGCCUGCCGCCGCCAGGAAUGUCGCUCACCAACGAAACUGCUGUAGUUAUUGGGUGGGGUACGAAAAUGUACGGUGGUCCGCACAGCAACGUGCUGAUGGAGGUGGGGGUUCCGGUAUGGGAUCACGAGAAAUGCGUGAACUCCUUCGUCGAUUCUGUUUUCAACGAGACACUCUGCGCUGGUGGCUACGAGGGAGGCAAGGAUGCUUGUCAGGGUGAUAGCGGAGGUCCGUUAAUGUACCAGAUGUCAAGCGGGCGUUGGGCCGUGAUUGGCGUGGUCUCAUGGGGCAUCCGAUGCGGAGAGGCCUCUCACCCCGGCCUCUACGCGCGCGUCGACCGCUAUCUCCGAUGGAUCAUUGACAACGCGCAGUUCUAAUAGCGGGUCUACUUUCUAAAGCUGGUUAAGCUCUUAACACCCGUUUCUUCUGCUCACGAAUACUUACUGCCCACAAUACGCGUGCUCAGUACUGCUUGCGAAUUGACAGCCUUUACCAUUGGAUCUUUGAUAACACAAUCCUAAACGACGUCUUUUCGUCGUCUUAAAUGGUAUAUAAUAUAGUACUUGCGUUCAGUUACACGGAACACAAACAAUACUGAUUCUGCGAUCUCUUUUGUAAUACUAACCACAAACAUUUCAAACUAAUCAAGUAAUUGUUUCGUUUGUAAUGUGCUGGUGGAUCUGCCCCGAAUGCGCAAUAUCAAACCAGUUUCAUGGACGUCGUUAUUGCAACGUGGCGACCCAAUGUUGUUAAUGCAAACGUAGAAAAUGUACUUAGUUCCAUCCCGUAAACAGGCUGCAACAAAGUCAAUGGGUCAUACAUACCUUUAUUGCUUAAGAAAGCUAAUUUUACUCAAAGAAAACAUUAUUUUCUUUUUUUAAUAUGAAUAAAUGUAUUCGCAAAUUUUGAAGCUUACCGGAGCUGUUAAUUGAACGAGCUAAUAACUCACUAUUUUAUUGUACUAAUAGAUCGAGUCGAAGACAAGUC